UAGUUGUGGUCAGUAUAGAAUUAUGAAAUUUUUGAUAAUACUGUUUGCUAUUCUAGCAAUUGCUAGAGCUCAAUAUUACAGACCAGCAAUAGGGGGGGCUGCGAUAAGAAUUAUAAGUCAAACGCAAGAAGGACCAAACGCUGACGGAUCUUAUAAAUGGAGUUACGAUACGGAAAACGGCAUUUCUGCAGAAGAACAAGGUAUCUUGAAGAAUAGAGGUUCUCAAGCAGAAGCAACUGAAGCUAAAGGAGGAUUCAGAUAUACCGCACCAGAUAACAGCGUCAUCUCUUUAACAUACGUUGCCGAUGAAAACGGUUUCCGCGCAUUUGGACCACAUCUUCCCACUCCUCCUCCAAUUCCACCUGCAAUUCAAAGGGCUUUAGAUUUAAUUAGAACGAAUCCUGAUCCUAGAUAUCAACCUGGGGCAAGAUACGAUUCUAGAUAUGACGAUCGUAGAUAUCAAUAACAAGAAGGAUGGCGCUUUAGGUAACGGAAAUUAGAAUAUGUGAUAUAAUAC